GAUAGGUUUAAUUUUAUCAUCUUUAAAUACCCACAGAUAGCGAUGAAACACAAUCGGAAAGUUUUGUAUUUAAUUUCUAAUAUCGUAAAAAAACAUAAACAUGCUGAGAUAAGAUCAUAUGCGGGAUUCGGUUGAGGCCCUCGGCACAUCCGGUGAGAAACGGACAAACACCGGGAGCGAAGCGCGAGAAAACAAACCAGCGAUUGAUUCAUUCACCAGCGUAAAAACACGAAUAAACCGCGAUUUUUAUGAUUAAAAUCGCUUUGGGGGUUAUUAUAUGACCUCGAAAUGACGGAAUUACUUUUUAACAAGAGGUUACAGGUGCUUGUGAAGAAUAGAGAUACCGAUGAGAGACGUUCAUUCAUUCGUAUCAGUAUUGAACUGCAGCCAUCAUCAAAUCCUGUCCAUAGAAAGGAUUUGGUUGUACGGCUGACAGAUGAUACUGAUCUUUACUUUUUAUACAACCUUGUCAUAUCAGAGGAAGAUUUUCAGAGUUUAAAGGUACAACAAGGGCUUUUAAUAGACUUCACAUCAUUCCCACAAAAAUGUAUCGACUUGCUUGAGCAGUGCAUCUUUGAACAGGACAAAGAAAACCCACGGUUUCUCUUGCAGCUCACGUCGGCUUCAUCAGCGUUCGAUCACAGUCCUUCAAACCUUAACAUUGUGGAGACGAACGCUUUUAAACACCUCACGCAUCUCUCUCUGAAACUGCUGCCGGGAUCUGAUACGGAUAUUAAGAAGUAUCUGGCCGCCUGUCUGUCCACCGUAAAGGAGGAAAAGCAGCAGUUGGAACAGAAGUUGAGAAAGACUGAGGAAGAUCUGACAAGACGGCUAAAUUAUGCGCAGCAAACCCUGUCUGAGAAAAGUCGAGAGUUGGACAAACUGCGAUCUGAAUGGACGUCGCAAACGACCUCUCUGUCCAGCAGACACAUGCAAGAUCUCACAGCUGAGCGUGAAAAAGCUCUCGAGGUAGAGUGUCAGAGGUCUGAGCAGCAGGUUCUGUCGUUGAGGAGAGAGAACAGCACCCUUGACGCCGAAUGCCACGAGAAAGAGCGUCUGGUCAACCAGCUGCAGACGCGAGUGGCCGUCUUAGAACAGGAGAUCAAAGAUAAAGAGCAGCUCGUGCUGCGGACCAAAGAGGUGCUGGAGGCCACACAGCAGCAGAAGAACUCUGUUGAAGGAAAUGUUGAAAGUAAGCAAGUUCAAAUCAGCAAGCUGGAGACCGCAGUACAAUCCCUGUCAGAGGAGCUCAUCAAGCGGAAGCAGGAAACUUUAGGAAUGUUCGAGACUGCUGCCGCUGGUCUGAGAACAGGAAGUGUUCCUCACAAUAUGCUUGAUAGCAAAGGUUUCCCCUCGUCUUUGGGACAUGGUUUCCCCAUCACCUCUACAAUAAACUCCAAAUAUCCUCUUCCUCUGUCCUGUGUGAGCUCAGGACCUCGCUCUGUCCUGUCAGCACACAAUCAGACGUCUGGACCAAAGGCAGGCCUCAUCUCCUCCUCUUUUCUCUUAUGCCAUCUUUGUUUCCCUACAUUUAUUAGGUUUUUUUAUUAUUAUGUUCUCUGCUCACACUUUUUGUGA